AUGGCGAAGCUCCCGAGCAGCCAGGUCCGUCGGGUCGACUCUGACAGCUCAUCAAUAAGUUGGGGCCUAGACUACCUCCAAGAAGAGAAAAUCGCGCCUCUCACCUGGAUCGAGUCACCUGUCUCCUCAGCUGAUGAAGACACAGGCGAGAUCCGCCUCUUUGUCCGGCACAAUGCAAACACCAUUGAACUCUUCUCCGACCUCUUCUUUGUCGCCAACCUCGAGACAUUUACGCAGACGCACAGCAUCACCGACUUGUCCAGUUUAGCCGCCUAUCUCGGUUUCUUCGCCAUCAUCUGGUUCACUUGGUUCCAGAUCACGUUGCACGAUGUUCGCUUCUCCAUCGACUCGGGGUACGAGCGAAUGUGCAAGAUCCUGCAGUUCUGCCUAUUUGUCGGGUUCGCUCUCGUUGGGUCAUCAUUCAGUCCUGGUACGAAAGAGCACAAUAAUGCGAACUUCCAACUCCUGUGUAACAUUCUCUUCGCUACCCGCCUGCUGCUCGUAGCCCAGUACUCCGUCGCCCUCCACUUUGUCCGCAAGAAGACAAAGGCCUUGAACUGGCCGCUGUCUCUCACCAUUGUCCUCUUCAUCUUCUCCGGUGGGGCCUUCUACUCCAUGACGCCGGCCUUCUCUCCCGAGUCCGGCAACGGCCUGGGUAUCUACUACGUAUGGUACAUCAUCCUCGUGAUCGAGGUCGCCAUCACCCUCGGCCUCUCGUCAAUCUGGAGGAACCUCAGCUUCAAGCACACCCACUUGACGGAGAGAAUGGGCCUCUUCACCCUGGUCAUCAUUGGUGAAGGUGCCAUUGGUGCCACAAAGGUCGUCGGCGUCCUGAUGGGUGAUACCGGCCUCCGACUCGACGCAUGCCUUGUCGUCGGUUGCAUCGUUUUUAUUCUGAUGUUCAACUGGAUGCUCUACUUCGACAACCCCCCCGAAUGCAAAUUCGGCACCGUCCGCCAACAAAUCUGGGCCGUCCUCCACUUCCCCUUCCACCUCGGCAUGAUCGGCGUCGUCGAAGGCUCCCAACAAAUCGCCCUCGCCUGGCAGGUCCUCAGCUACUUCAGCGACUUCUUCUCCUCCGUCCGCAACGCCUGCGUAAACGAGCACCAAGACGGUCAAGCCCUCACAACUUCCAUCGCCACGGCAUUUGAGAAGCUCAACAUGCCAAACAACGCCGAAAUCCGCAACCUCAUCCCCUUUGUCUACCAAGAAAUCUACAAAAUCGGUAACACGACCGACAUUUGCGCGCCGGCCAACAUCACCGGCACCGACUCGCUCUUCGUGCCCCCCGGCUUCGAACGCCUCACCAAGAGCGUCCUCGGCGUCUUAUUCGAGUCCUACAACGGCGUCACAUCAGACGGCGACGAGGACCCCGGCGAGAUUGCGCACCCGGCCUACUCGACCGUCUACAUCUACUACUGGUCCUCGUUCCUCUUCGUCGUCGCCUUCUUCGCCGUCUUCAUCCUCAUCACCAGACACAAAGACCGCCCGCUCAACAUCUUUGACAAAGCCGCCGUCGCGACGCGCGGUGUCGCCGCCCUCUUCGCCGUCGGCAUCGCCUCGGGCGCCGGGUCCGAGAAGUUCCUCUUCGCCUACCUCGGGAGCGGCGCAACGCUGCCUACCGUGGCGGCUCUCCUCUUGGUAAUUCUGGCCGUGGACCGCUUCACGAAGCAUCUCAGCGCUAAGACCCUGCGGCGAAAUUUGACCGAGGGUUCCGAGUUCUGGGAGAGGGGUUUGGCGGAGAGACAGCUUAUAGAGUCUUCGUUAGCGGGGAAGUCUUGA